AGAGUUCCGCGGGGCGACAGCCCUUCCGCCGCGGGAGCCAUUGAGGAGCAGCAGGUUAGUGGGGGACCGGGCGAGUAGGAUCUGCUGCCAUCCGGAUUCCGGAGCCCCGGUGCAGCCCAGGGCCAUGGCUCUGCGCUACCCUAUGGCCGUGGGCCUCAACAAGGGCCACAAGGUGACUAAGAACGUGAGCAAGCCGAGGCACAGCCGCCGCCGCGGGCGCCUCACCAAGCACACCAAGUUCGUGCGGGACAUGAUUCGAGAGGUGUGCGGCUUCGCCCCUUAUGAGCGGCGAGCCAUGGAGCUGCUCAAGGUCUCCAAGGACAAGCGCGCCCUCAAGUUCAUCAAGAAAAGGGUGGGGACACACAUCCGUGCCAAGAGGAAGAGAGAGGAGCUGAGCAACGUCCUGGCCGCAAUGAGGAAAGCAGCGGCCAAGAAGGACUGAACCCCCCCCCUCCCCUCUGUGUAAUAAAGCCUUUUUGGAAUUUG